UUGCUAUCAGAUAGUGUGUAUCGUUUGUUGGAACUCAUACGGUUUUACGUGCACAGAUGAUGAUAAUAGCAGGAAGGAAUUAAGGGAAUAGAUGUGUCCACGUCUUGUGGUUGGAACACCGAGUUUUGUAUUAUCUUUAGCACAUUCGCAUUAUGGCCAGUAUCACAAGCAUGAAUGCUGUCCGUGAGACUAUGGAUGUACUCCUGGAGAUAUCAAGGCUUCUGAAUACAGGAUUGGACAUGGAGUCUUUGUCCAUAUGUGUGCGUCUUUGUGAACAGGGGAUCAAUCCUGAGGCCCUGUCAUCAGUUAUUAAAGAGCUUAGAAGAGCUUCUGAGUCAUUAAAGGCUUCAGAAAAUGCCAUUAGUCAAGGAUGACCAGUCUAAUUCCAUGACGGAAGUUGCCUGUUUGGGAAGAACAAAAUCUGAAUGAUAAACUAUACAUAAACGUAGUUAAGCAGAAUGUAUAAAAAAAAUCUUUUCACUUGUGUUUGAUUUACUUUAAUAUUCCUGUUUGUAAGAUUGUUGCGCUUGUUUCUGCUUUGUCCUAAAUUGCAGUUUGAUUUCAAAUUGUGCUCCUUUAAAGUUUUAAAACAGCUAAUACAUUUUGGAGAUGAUGUGCGUACUUUUUUGUCUGUAUGUCUAAUAACUAAAAUUAAUUUCACCUGAAUAAUAAUUUCUGGCAUUUUUUAUUUAUUUCUGCAUAAACAAAUGAGAAAUCUGUAUAUUUAAAUUGUUCACCCACAUUAGAACAUUUGGGGCCCUAUCUUGCACCCAGCGCAAUUGACUUUGUCAGUGACGCAUGUAUCAUUUUGUAUUUUGCACCGGCACACAGCGGGUUUUUCCCUCCAUAGACGCACGUCGGCAAACUAGGGAAUGAACUUGCGCUCCCUGGGCGGUUCAGCGCAAAAAAGGAGGCGUGUUCCGGCGCAAACCAUCUCUUAUGCUAUUUUGCAGUUUCAAAAAACAAUUGCGCUACUAACCAAAAAAACCUAGUCUAAAGUCAGUGGCGCUAUAUUGACUGGCGCAGUCAAUGCUAUUUUAAGGGCGCAUGCUUGACCAUAACGCAUUGCUUAUGUAAUCUACACAGAUGCAACAGUUAUUUUUGCAAAUCAUAAAUUGUUACAAUAAAAAAUAUUAACACAUGAGAUAAGGGAAAUCAUUGUGGUGAGCAUUGUGGUGAUAGUUUUUAUGUAUUGUGUGGCUGCAUUAAAAAAUUCUCAUGCAAAUAACGAA